CAAAUCCAGUAUGGUGUCAAGAAUGUGGAAUUACAUAUUUUAAGAAUGAUUUUGUUAAUUGGACUAGUGGAAAUCCGAAAAUUGAUGAGAUUAUAAAAGAAACACAAAUGAAUUCGAAAGAUUCAAUUAAUUCUGUUGAGUGGAUUCCAUAUGAACAAUUAGAGCAAAUAAACCAAAUUGAUCAAGGUGGAUUUGGAACGAUUUAUAGUGCAUUCUGGAAGCAAGGCCCACUUCCUAUGAUUGGAAAUGAAUUUAAACGAACUAAAGGAAUUCAAGUUGCCUUAAAAAGUGGAAUUUCUUUAGAAAAUUUAGAAGAG